AGAGUGUUUGGCACUAAAGCACAGAUUGUUCAGCAGUCAUUCAAUCAAGAUGGUUCACUCACGAUUGAUAUGCAUCGGUCUGUAACUUGUACAGUAGUCCGAGCCAAAUUUGACAUGGGUCUAUUUGAAGAUCUUUUCCCAGCGGCCUCACCAGAAGAUUGGCCAAAUUUGAUUCAUGCAGAUGAGGCCCUACAGAUCGCAACUCAGUUGGACCGAGAGUCGAUUGUAUUGCUUGAGAACCCGGGUCAAGCACUGCCUUUGGGAGAAAGCGUCCAGCGAAUUGCAGUUAUCGGACCAUUUGCGGACGUCCUCAAUGAAGUUUUCAAGUAUGAUGACUACACCUUCUCGCCGCCUCCUGGAGUCAGCCCACUGGAAGGGAUUGGAAGAACUAUCUCUACCAGUGUGCAGGUUUAUCACGCAAGAUAUUGUGAUGCAUGGAGCAACGACGAGUCUCAGAUAGCCGAAGCCUUGCGCCUUGCAAGAUUCUCUGAUGUCGUGGUUGUGGUUGUUGGGACCUGCGUCAGAUCUCUGUUAGAUCAGCAGAAGGGCCUGAAAGCAACCACCGGCGAGGCGUAUGAUACUAAUGCCCUCAAGCUAGCCGGGGCGCAGUCAACGCUCUUGCGCCAAUUGAUAAGGACAGGCGUCAAGACCGUGGUUGUCUUCUCCGGCAAGUCGAUUACCGAACCGUGGAUCUCCCAGAUAAACGCCGCCCUACUCCAGCCAUUCUACACCUCUCGAGAACGGUGGCCAAGCACUGGGAGAGGUUCUAUUCGGUCAUUACAAUCCGAGUGGACGGCUGCCUCUGACAUUCCCACGAGACACAGGGAGUCUGCCCGUCACAUACGACUACUUGAAGUCAGGCCGUGA